AGUGGCAACUCUGCAAUUGGUCACACCACAGAUCUGCUUCUUCUUCCACCUGCGGUCGCAUGGCCCGGGAAUUGUUACUUUAAUUCUUGGCUAUUCUGCGGAAAAUGAUAAUUGGCAAGCUAAACUCGCAGAUGCUGAAAGAAAUGCAGCUUAGUUUCCAGCUCACCGAGGAGCGAGAACUGGCCUCCGGUCGCCGCAAGCCUGGAAAACCAGUGCACACACCUGUGGCAUCCAAGCCAAAGGCGAUUCCAAAGACUUUCAGUUCUCCCGCAGAGAUUUCGGCACCCAAGAAACCAAACGUUGAGAUGGAGACGACACCAAAAUCCAAAGGAAAGGCCGCCCAAAAACGACCUGUUGCCCCUGAGGAAUCAAAACUUCAGAGUUCACCGACCAUAAAAAAGCCUAAAAAGGAUGAUACUUCUCCUGCAAAGAACUCCAUAGUUAAAUCCAAAUCAAUUGCUGCUCAAAAGGACAAAGUUGCCAAGGCCCCUCCUCUUACUACAGAAAAACAAAUCGAUUCCGGGCUUAAAAAUCACAAAAAAGGCUCCAAGCAACAGGCUAUAAAGGUUCCUAAGAAAAGUGAUACAAAUCCUGCGAAAGUAAACUCCACAACCAAAACAAAAGGUUUUAAAGCCACCAAUGUGCAAGUUAUAUCUGACAAAUCCAAAACUCCUCGAAAAGGAGGUGAAAGCAGAAUAAAGUUCCCAAAAAACAGUCAAAAAGGUCAAAAAUCAAAGGCGUGGGUCUUAGAAAUCCCUAAAACAAAUGCAGGCUUUGAAGAAUCCUUAGACGAUGUUAAUGGUUUGGACGCAUUUGACAUAGAGAAUUAUGAUAUGGAUUCGAUGAAUUCAGAGGACGAUUGGGCUGAAGAAGGUGAUGAUUGCAUUGAUAUUGAUUCGGAAGUGGACGAGCAUUUUUUCAAAAAGCCAAAGAUUUUCAAAGUCAAUUCCAAAGGCGAUCAGGGCAAUAUUCUUGACUUACCUGCUCCAUUUGAGGAACCAUUAGAACCCACCAUUAGAACCCACUUAUUGCAAGGUGAUGACAAGGGGGUAGUGCGAAAGAUUGAGGUCUUUGAGAAUGCACUGGCUGAAUUUGACAGCGACGAUGAAGACUACGAACCACAAGAAAGCGACGAUUUUGUGUCUGAAGAAUUCGACAGCGAAGAUUCAGAUUCUUCUGAUGAUGAUUUGGACAGCGAAGACUGCGACGACUUUGACAGUGAUGAAGAUUUUGACAGCGAUGAAGAUUUCGACAGUGAUGAUUUCGGCAGCGAUAUUUUCGACAGCGACGACCUUGAUUCCACCUAUGAACCACCUGAUAUCGAUGGAUUCUUUGAUGAUCAACCUUUGGGAUUACAAAAAGAGCCGCUGAUUAUAGAAGAAAUCUUUGAUGAUCCAUCUGUUGAUGAAAACCAACAAGAGCUGGUUAGGUACCAAUCUAAGGCAAAAGAGAUGGUUAAAGAGUCACCAGUAGUGGAGGAGAUUGUAAAAGAUUCAACCAUAGUGAAUCAGAUUGUAGAAGAUUCCACAGUAGUAGAGGAGAUUGUAGAAGAAUCAACCGUAGGGGAUGAGAUCGUAGAAGAAUCUAUUAAUGAGGUGUCUUGUAAUACAAUAGAAGAGCCUGAAGUACCUAUGGAAAUCGAAGAUAAUGCUGACAAUGUAACACCCGACAAGGAGCCAGUUUCCCAACCUAGUGAGACACCAUUCUAUAGGAAUCCUCAAACUAAUCCCACUGAGCACAGCGUCUUCGAGAACAGUCUGAAGAGCAACCAUGUGCUGGCCGUGAUUAAAGAAGACCUCGAGCUGUAUGGCACACUGGUGCUCACCCUGCUAAGUGGCCAGUUAUCAGUGAAUGGCUACAAAGCUCGCAAGCAGGAGCCACUCACCAUUUACUCUCCGAAAGGCCUCAACUGGGUUGCCAUCUCACCCAGUAAGACCAAAAAACCAGCCAAAGAUGAAGUGAAUUGGGAGGAACUGAACAAGAAUUUUAGCCGCGCCCAGCUGGACAGGAUUCAGGGCAGCUUUCAGAAACAGACAAAUGCAAUAGUGCUGUUGCAGCAAAACACUGGAGCCCAGCGACUCGUCGAGAACUUUGGCAAGCACAUGGCGCAGAACUUGUUCCCACUAAUAAACUCCUCCAAUCGUCCGUUCCACCAAAGUGAGUCCUUGCUGCACUGCCUUAUUCAAUCCUCCGACCUGAGUCGCACUCUGCAGGUGCCGCAGGUGUGGAAUAAGCUGAAACUGCAGGCCACUAGUCGAAUAUUGAUAGCAGGUGGUAAGGGCGUUGGAAAGUCCAGUUUGCUGCGCUACCUCAUCAACCGAAAUCUGGGCCAGUUUCCAUCUCUCCUGCUCAUCGAUUUGGACAUUGGCCAGCCGGAAAUCUUUGUGCCCCAGACGGUUUCGUGCACCCUUAUUGAUGAGCCUCUUUUAGGGCCAGGAUUCCUGUUUAACAAGCAACCAGAUCAUGCUUAUGUCGUGGGUCACACCAACAUAGUCUUGUGCGCAGAGCAGUAUGCGCGAGCUGUCAUUCAGCUGAUUCAGAACGUCCAGAAGGAUGCCAAAUAUGCGAACAUUCCCUGGCUGAUCAACACCAUGGGUUAUAAUAAAGGAUUUGGCACAGAACUGAUGGCCCUGCUGGUGGAUCGCAUUCGUCCCACGGACCUCGUGCAGAUUGCCAGUCCAGUUCCGAUUAAUAACUUCGAUUCUCCACUCGAGUGGAGCAGUCUGUCGCAGUUGAAACCCAUUAUCUACACGUCGGAUGAGUUUAGAGUGAAGGAUAUUGCCAAGUACACGCUCCACAAGUUGCUCAGUGCGGUGCCUCCAAAAGAACGAGGAACUUGGAGCCUGAGUGCCAAGGAUAUGCGCUACUCCAACCUUUUGACCCGCCUCAGUUCGUGCCUCACGGGAAAUGCGAAAUCUCUCACAGACUGCCAGCCACUUGGAGUGUCCCUGGAAUCCCUGAAGAUCCUCCAUUCCACCAGCGAGGAUUACUCAAGUGAGGAACUAAUCCAUGGCAUGGAGGGCAAUGUGGUCUAUCUGUGUCAUCAGGGAGCAGGUCUGCCUCAGUGUUUGGGAAUAGGAGUGGUUCGUGCAAUCGACUAUGAACGGAAGCAGUUGUUCCUGGUGCCGGCAAUGCCUUUGCAAAGGAUGUCCCUGGUGAAUUGCCUCAUCCUGGGCGGAGAACUAACCCUUCCGCAGGGCUACUUCAAGGAUCAGGGCCAGGGGGUGGCCAGCAGUGUGCCCUUCGUGUUCAUCCUCGACGACUCGAAAUCCUCGAAGAGCAUUCAGCAGAUCUACCAUCGAACGCCAGCCUUUCUGGGCGUGCCAGUCAAUCAAAGGAACUGAAACUAAACACCGGACCAAUUGUGUAUAUAAGAAGCAUUUGUAAAUAAAGUGAGGUUUAUUAACGAAA